GUUGGGCUGCUCACGAAGGCUGGAGAAGGAAACAUGUCUUCUGAAUCUUUUUGUCUGACUGCUCAGGCCAGGUUUGACUCCAAAUGGUUGAAGACAGACUUACAGCUCGCUUUUACACGAGAUGGACUGUGUGGCCUGUGGAAUGAGAUGGUAAAAGAUGGGGAAAUCGUAUAUCCUGGAACAGAAUUAACACAAAGUGGUGAACUACCUCCAAGAAAAGAUGUGAACGAAUUGAAGGAGUGCCUUCAUGUGCUAGUGAAGGAACAGCAAACUCUGGCCACACAAACUGCUACAACAGCUCUUUCAGCUAUGAGGUUAAAGCAGAGGCUAGUUAUCCUGGAACGAUAUUUCAUUGCCUUGAACAGAACAGUUCUUCAGGAGAAUAUCAAAGUGAAGUGGAAAAGCACUAGUAUUCCUCUGCCUGCUGUGGAUAAGAAAAGCCCAAGACCUGUAGGCAAAGGUGUAGAAGGACUUGCACGAGUCGGAUCCCGAGCAGCACUUUCAUUUGCGUUUGCGUUCCUCCGUAGAGCCUGGAGGUCAGGUGAAGAUGCAGACCUGUGCAGUGAACUGUUACAAGAAUCACUUGAUGCACUACGAGCUCUACCAGAGGCAUCCCUUUUUGAUGAAGGGACUGUAUCUUCAGUAUGGCUGGAAGUGGUUGAAAGAGCUACUAAAUUCCUAAGGUCUGUUGUAACUGGAGAUGUGCACGGAGCUCCCAGUACCAAAGGGCCAGGAAACAUUCCGUUACAAGACCAGCACUUGGCGCUUGCCAUACUGCUGGAACUGGCAGUGCAGAGGGGAACGCUAAGCCAAAUGUUGUCUGCUGUUAUGUUGUUGCUUCAACUUUGGGAUAAUGGAACGAGGGAAACAGAUAAUGAGCGAUCUGCACAGGGAACAAGUGCACCCCUUCUACCUUUGCUACAAAGAUUUCAGAGUAUCCUAUGUAAUAAAGACAUGCCCAGUACUGAGGAAGAGAUUCAGCUCCUGACGUACCCUCUGAGUCCAAAUGAAAGUUUUCUAAGGUAUCUGACUUUACCACAGGACAAUGAGCUAGCGAUUGAUCUGAGACAAACAGCUGUAGUCAUCAUGGCCCAUUUAGAUCGUCUAGCCACCCCAUGUAUGCCUCCACAGUGUAGCUCUCCUACAUCUCAUAAGGGGUCUCUGCAAGAGGUCAUCGCCUGGGGGUUAAUAGGUUGGAAGUAUUAUGCUAAUGUGAGUGGUCCAGUGCAGUGUGAAGGACUUGCCACUCUUGGCGUGGUGCAGGUUGCCUGUGCAGAGAAACGUUUUCUGAUACUGUCCAGGAACGGACGAGUUUACACACAGGCAUACAACAGCGACACUCUGGGACCACAGCUGGUGCAGAGUCUAGCUUCCAGAAAUAUCGUGAAGAUAGCAGCACAUUCAGAUGGACAUCACUACCUUGCUUUGUCAGCAAAUGGUGAAGUUUUCUCUUGGGGCUGUGGAGAUGGUGGAAGACUAGGCCAUGGGGAUACAGUACCUCUGGAGGAACCUAAGAUGAUAUCUGCUUUAAGUGGAAAGCAAGCUGGGAAACAUGUUGUUCAUAUUGCAUGUGGAAGCACCUACAGUGCAGCCAUUACUGCUGAAGGAGAGCUGUAUACAUGGGGACGAGGAAACUAUGGCAGGCUUGGGCAUGGUUCCAGUGAAGAUCAGACCAUCCCAGUGCUGGUCACAGGGCUGAAAGGACUCAAAGUUAUUGAUGUGUCCUGUGGGAGUGGAGAUGCUCAGACCCUUGCAGUUACUGAAAAUGGCCAAGUGUGGUCUUGGGGAGAUGGAGAUUAUGGAAAACUGGGAAGAGGAGGCAGUGAUGGUUGCAAGACUCCCAAGUUGAUAGAAAAACUUCAAGAUCUGGACAUUGUGAAAGUACGCUGUGGGAGUCAGUUUUCUAUUGCUUUAACCAAAGAUGGCCAGGUCUACACCUGGGGAAAAGGUGACAAUCAGAGACUUGGGCAUGGAACUGAAGAGCAUGUUCGAUAUCCCAAGCUGCUGGAAGGCUUGAAAGGAAAAAAAGUGAUAGAUGUAGCAGCUGGAUCUACCCAUUGCUUAGCACUGACUGAAGAUAGUGAAGUGCACAGCUGGGGAAGCAACGAUCAGUGCCAACAUUUUGAUACUUUGCGGAUCACCAAGCCAGAGCCUGCAGCUCUCCCAGGGUUGGACACGAAGCAUAUUGUGGGAAUUGCUUGUGGACCUGCUCAGAGUUUUGCAUGGUCAUCAUGUUCAGAAUGGUCAAUAGGCUUGCGGGUGCCUUUUGUGGUGGAUAUUUGCCCUAUGACAUUUGAGCAGCUGGAUCUGUUACUAAGACAAGUGACAGAGGGGAUGGAUGGCUCCUCUGACUGGCCCCCACCUCAGGAAAAGGAGUGUAUGGCUGUGGCAACGUUAAACCUUCUAAGGCUUCAGCUUCACGCUGCCAUUAGUCAUCAGGUGGACCCAGAAUGCCUUGGCUUAGGUUUGGGCAGUAUCCUGCUCAACAGCCUGAAACAGACGGUGGUAACUUUGGCCAGCAACGCGGGUGUUCUUAAUACUGUGCAGUCGGCUGCUCAAGCAGUGCUGCAGAGUGGAUGGUCUGUGCUACUGCCAACAGCAGAAGAGCGGGCUAGAGCUCUCUCAGCACUCUUACCCAGUGCAGUUUCAGGAAAUGAAAUGAACGUGAGCCCAGGCCGUAGGUUUAUGAUUGACCUCUUGGUGGGCAGCUUGAUGGCUGAUGGAGGCUUAGAGUCUGCACUAAAUGCUGCUAUUACUGCAGAAAUACAGGAUAUUGAAGCAAAAAAAGAAGCACAGAAAGAAAAAGAAAUUGAUGAACAAGAAGCAAAUGCAUCAACUCUUCAUAGGAGCAGGACUCCGUUGGACAAAGACCUUAUUAAUACUGGAAUCUAUGAAUCUGCAGGAAAACAAAGUUUACCAUUAGUUCAGUUAAUUCAGCAGUUACUAAGGAACAUCGCUUCGCAGACGAUAGCCAAACUGAAGGAUGUGGCUCGGCGCAUUUCCUCCUGCCUGGACCAUGAACAUUGCAGCAAAGAGAGAUCUGCUUCACUGGAUCUAUUGCUCCGUUUUCAGCGCCUACUUGUUAGCAAACUUUACCCAGGGGAUUGUGUUGGGCAGGUCCCUAAUAUAUACAGUCCUGACCUCUUAGGUGUUGGCUCGUUACUGAAGAAAUACACUGCUCUUCUGUGCACUCACAUUGGUGAUAUACUUCCUGUGGCAACCAGCAUUGCUUCUACUAGCCAUAGGCAUUUUGCAGAAGUAUCUCGUGUCGUGGAUGGAGAUUUAACUGGCAUUCUUCUUCCAGAAUUGGUGGUUUCUAUAGUGCUACUGCUCAGUAAAAAUGCUGGAUUAAUGCAGGAAGCUGGUGCUAUCCCUCUGUUGGCUGGAUUGCUAGAACAUCUGGACAGAUUUAACCAUUUAGCCCCUGGAAAGGAAAGAGAUGACAAUGAGGAUUUAGCAUGGCCAGGAAUUAUGG